GGGCGGUGUGAGGUCGGGGCCUGGCGGUGUGAGCGGGGGGUCGGGGCGGCGCGAUGCCGAAGGUGGUAUCGCGGAGUGUGGUUUGCUCGGACACUCGGGACCGGGAGGAGUACGACGACGGCGAGAAGCCGCUGCACGUGUAUUACUGUCUGUGCGGUCAGAUGGUGCUGGUGCUCGAUUGUCACCUGGAGAAGCUGCCCAUGAGACCCCAGGACCGCGCGCGCGUCAUCGACGCCUCCAAACACGCUCACAAGUUCUGCAACAUUGAGGAAGAUGAGAGCGUGUACCUUCGGAGGGCAGCGGGGAUAGAGAGACAAUUCAGGAAAAAGUGUGGAAAGUGCGCACUCCUCCUUUUCUACCAGCACCAGCAGAAGAAUACCCCAGUCACCUUCAUCGUGGAUGGAGCUCUAGUGAAGUUCGGCCAAGGUUUCGGCACCACCAACAUCUACAGCCAGAAGCAGGAGCCCCCGAAGAAGGUGAUGAUGACGAAGAGGACCAAAGACAUGGGUAAAUUCAGCUCCGUCACCGUCUCCACCAUCGACGAGGAGGAGGAAGAGAUUGAAGCGAGGGAAGUGGCCGAUUCCUACGCACAGAAUGCCAAGGUGAUCGAGAAACAACUGGAACGUAAAGGAAUGAGCAAGAAGAGGCUACAGGAGCUGGCGGAGCUGGAGGCUAAGAAGGCCAAGAUGAAAGGAACGCUGAUUGACAACCAAUUCAAGUAACAGCCCCCCCCUCCCGUUACGUGAAUCCCAUUCCCCAGGGUAGAUCUCACCUGCUCGGCUUCACUUUAUUUUAUGUGCAAGAAUAAAAAUUAUUGCUUUUUGAAAAUA